GAGAGGCGCCACUCGCCAGGCCAGGCUUCCAUUUUCUUGGUUGUCGGUCUCCACUACGCACUGCAUUUUGGGACCUUCAGAGUUCAGACUCCAGAGCCACUCAAAAAGGGAAAAGCAGCAAUGCCAGUGGCACCUUCUAUUCCUCGUCUCCACUCACCGCCAUUUCUAUGCUGUCCUCUUAAAUUUUCUACUUUUACUGCUGCUUUUGUAUCCUCCAAGUCUGCCAGAAAUCAACGGUCUCCACCAUCUUAUCCAUGCAUCAGAGCUGUUGAUCUUGAUCAAAACACGGUAGUAGCAAUAUCUGUUGGACUUGUGAGCGUUGCAGUUGGGAUUGGCAUUCCUGUCUUCUAUGAAACCCAAAUUGAUAAUGCUGCAAAGCGAGAAAAUACCCAGCCGUGCUUCCCUUGCAAUGGCUCCGGUGCUCAGAGAUGCAGAUUUUGCAUGGGAAUUGGCUCUGUGGCUGUAGAGCUUGGUGGCGAUGAGAAAGAAGUCUCUCGAUGUAUCAAUUGCGAUGGUGUUGGCUCUUUGACAUGUACAACAUGUCAAGGCACUGGAAUACAGCCACGGUAUCUUGAUCGCAGAGAAUUCAAGGACGAUGACUGAAGCUCUUCAGAAGCAGAAGCAAUGAAUUUUGGAUUAAAUCUAGUGGCUAAUCAACUCUGUAUAGGGUAUUAGAAUAGACCACUUUUUUUUUUUUUUUUUUCCUCAACACUUAUUCCAUUUUCCCAUCAAGUUCUAUCUCAUGCUUUGUUCCAAUGUAAAAUUAGUGAUAAAGCUUUCUUCUUACUGUUGGAGAAUGUGGUUGCGUGAUAAGAUUGUAUUUCACGUAAUUGUAAUCCACAAUUCCCAAACGCAUUCAUCACA